AUGAAUCAAAAAUCCACGGAAACAGCCGAGGAAAAGAGUGAACACGGAUUGCCUGCUUCGAGUGUACUCGACGAACCGGAGAGGAGACAUGGCAGGGACGAACCUAGGCCAUCGAGACACGUUGUUGGUUCGACAACCAGUCGAAUAGACUUCACCUGGACGCGAACGCCAACAACAUCGCCGCUGGAGCUGCAUCGACGUUGUGCAGAGACGAUUGAACGCUACUCAGCGAAUCUCCGGGAGCGACAACGCAAGAUGGAGCGACUGGAGCUACUGCUACCCCUUCCGAACUCUGAUCACCGUAAGGACAGCAGCACCCGUGCUACACCCCCGACUCGCUCUACUCCACCAAGACCAGCCAAAAGGAAUAAACUUGGUUCCACCACUCCUGUACCUCACAGAGCGAAGAACUCGCCAGGGAUCACAUCUCCAGCGUGGUCGUUGUCGUCCACAAAGUCGAGAAUAUCAACACGUUUGAAGUUUGAUGACAUGACGACCUCACCAUUGAUUAACAAACACUCCAACAACCAGCGACAGGUUAAACUUCCCUUUCGAGGCACACCAGACAAGACAGCUACGCAGGAGAGCACUCCUGCAUCGCACAGUGAAGGCACCCCCGAGCUUAGCUCAAUCGACACAUCUACAAACUCAUCACACAAGAAGUCAAUGGAGUUAUCGCCCACGUGGUCGCAGCGCCAACAAGACUUCAUGGCGGCAAUAGACGCCGAGUCUGAUUCCAGUCAGUCAUGACUUCCUGGCAGGGUACAUCAGUUUACAAUGGGUUUUAACCACGAUGAUUGCCCAGGUCAUACACUUCUUAGUACCAAGAAACCAUGUUAUAGGUAAACUUCUCUUACCAAGACGUUUUCGUUAGUAGGCAUUGAUUGGCAAUCAAUGUUUGCCCAACCCAAUCAUCGUGCCAUAUAUUCUCUCCGCUUCGGAAGCCGA